AUGGAAGCAUCCGAAAGGCUGGUAUUCCCUCCUUACUUCCCAAUUGUGAGGAAAGGUUGCGAACGAGCAGCGACUGAACUGUUUGAAUGUCUGGACGCUUGUACCAACGAUGGCCACACAGAGGCGUCUGAGCGUGCAAUGAAGGAGAAGUGCAACAAACUUUUGGAGGAGUACAAGAUGUGCACCGAGAAAUCACUGAUGGACAAGCGCCUGCCUCCUCCGGUAGUCGAAGUUGGCUUUCCACCAAAAAGUCUCUGA